AUGUCUGGCAUCUUCACCAACGGCCAAACUCUCGUCGUCACCACGACUGGCCCAGGAAAGCUUAAUCUCCUCUCUUACCAGAGCAACGGAGGCAUAGGCAACGUCGUUGGCUCGAUUUCCACCUCCAAGACCGGCGAGACGAGGUUCUUGAUUUCCCACAGUUAUACAUACGAGAGGUUCGCAUUUUACUGGGAUGGAGCCGGAGAAGCCGUCUACGGAAUUGGAGCAUCCUUGUUACGCCAGCCAGUUGGGAAAAGCUGGAGCAACGCCUCCCUGGCUAGCUGGGGCAGCCCCACCAUUACCACUGCAGACGUCUCCGUUCAGGUCAAGACUGCCGUUAACCGCGACAACCAGAUUACCGCCUUUAUCAUCCCUGAUUUAAUCUAG